AUGAGAGCCUUCACGGCAGCUCUGCUUCUCAUCCCUUUCCUCACGCUGCGGGGUUCCUGCAGUCUGAGUUCCGCAGACUGCGACGCCACUGAGCCCCUGGCCAGGAAAGUGCUAGACCUGAUCAAUAAAGGACGAUGGAAUGGCUACCUUUUCCAGUUGCUGCGGGUCGCUGAUGCCCAUGUGGACAGAGUGGAAUCCGCAGCUGUCUAUUAUUUAGUCUUAGAUGUGAAAGAAUCCAACUGCCCAGUCCUAUCCAGGAAGCACUGGGAUGACUGUGAUAUAGCUCUUUCUAAGCGUUUAUCUGAGAUCGUGAUCGGACAAUGUAAGGUAAUAGCCACAUAUCUGAAUGAAUCUCAGGAUCUUAGAGUGAAUGGCUAUAACUGCACCACAAGUUCUGUCUCUUCCGCGUUGGCCAAUACCAAAGACAGCCCUGUACUCUUUGACUUCUUUGAGGACACUCAGCUUUAUAAAAACCAAGCCAACAAAGCCCUUGAGAAGUACAAAAGGGAGAAUGGAGCUUUUGCCUUUUUCAGAGUGGACCAAGUGAAGAGAGUUGCCAGAGCGAGAGGAGGGGAAAGAACCAAUUACUACCUGGACUUCUCUGUGAGGAACUGCUCCAGUAGCCACCAUUUUCCCAGGCACUAUAAUGCCUUUGGAUUCUGCAGAGCAGACUUGUCGUAUGAUGCAGGAGUCUCUGACUCGGAAACCCCAAAUUACAUUACCAUAAGCUGUGAAGUCUUCAACUUGGAGGAUCAUAGAAACAUCAGUGGUACACACCGGCAUUUCGGCCAUCCCUUCCAUUCUGGUGGGCAUGAGCAUUCUCUUGCUGGCAAGCCUCCAUUUAAGCCAGAUGAAUUUAGAGAUCCCCACCAUCCCCACAAGCCACAUAAACAUGGAUGUCUACUUCCUCCAGAAGACAAAAAUGAGUCAGACAGACCACCAUUUCAGGCAGGAGCCCCUCCAGUCUUGCCUGCUCCAGAGUUAAAAUGUCAUCAUCCCCAUUUUGGCACCAAUAGGACCCAUGGACACCUUCAUAAUCAUAGUUCUAGUAAGCACCCUCCCCAUGGACACCCUCCCCAUGGACACCCUCCCCAUGGACACUCUCCCCAUGGACACCCUCCCCAUGGACACCACCCCCCUGGGCACCACCCCUCUGGGCACCCGCAUGGACCCCCUCCCCAUGGGCACCACCCCCAUGGACACCACCCCUCUGGGCACCCCCAUGGACACCACCCCCAUGGACACCACCCCCAUGGACACCAUCCCCAUGGACACAACCCCCAUAGCCAUGAUUUCCUUGACCAUGGACCUUGUGACCCACUACCACAUAGCGAGGAUCCCCAAGAUCGCCAUCGCCAGGGUCGUGGCCCACCAUCUAGGCACCCAGAAAAAAGAGGUCCAGGUCAGAGACACUUUCCCUUCCACUGGAGACAAAUUGGAUAUAUUUACCGACUCUCUCCGCUAAAGAAAGAUGAAGUUCUUCCUCUUCCUGAAGCCAAUUUUCCUAGCUUCUCAUUGCCAGACCACAGCCAUUCUCUAAAACCAAAGAUUCAGUCCUUCCCUCAAUCAGCCUCUGAAUCAUGCCCAGGGACAUUCAAUAGUGAGUUUUCACAUGUCUUGAAGUUUUUUGCACAUACGCUUCCAAAAUAAAAUCUGAUUUCCUUGGUGGGGAAAAAUUAA